CAUCAUUUAUAUUCGCCAAGACUCUCAAAUAUAUGGUCAUGUUAAUGGUUAAUCACAUUAGAGGAUUCAUAGAGGAACCGAAAGCAGUGUAGAGCAACAAACGCCGCAUCAGAAAAUGGCAACGACAGAUCCGUCGUCCUCUUCAGAUUCUCCGACAUCAGAAUCCGCAGCAUCGUUGGCGUCGAUUGCAGAGAAUCUUCAGCGUUCUGCUAUUCAAUCUGCUCGUACUGUGCAACACAACUCUUCCAAUCGUUUCCGUGCUUUUCAGAAUUUUUUACCAGAAGCAGUGUCACAGUAUAGAACUUACGAAGAUGCUUUCUUCAAUAAAGUUAAAGAUGGAUUGAUGGUUGCAACGGAGCAUCCAGCUUUAGGAGUUGGUUUUGCUAUUUCUGCCGCCCUUCUUGUUAUGCGAGCUCCAAGAAGGUUUCUGUUUCGUAAUACAUUGGGCCGAUUUCAGAGUGAGGAGGCACGGUAUGCUAGUGCUGAGAAGAAUGUGAAGGACUUGAGCCUUUCAGUAGAUCUAUUGAAGAAGGAGAGCAUAAAAUUGCUUCAAAGGACAGCUCUAGCUGAGAAGGAAAUGAAGUAUGGGCGUAACGAACUCAUGAGUGCUGGAACCCAAUUUCAAAAGCUGGCAAAAUCAUCGUACAAGGUUGAAGCCCGAGCUGCUGAUUUAAUAGACAGGCUGCGGGAUAUACCUAGUCGUGAAUCUCUGGCACUCCGAGCUGAGGUUGCCUCUAUGGCUUCAAUUUUGAAGCGACAGAGAUCUGCAGUGGACAAACGGAUAAUGAAGAUUUCCGAGUUAGGGGUUCCUGUGUGAAUUGGUGGACAGGUUUUGGACCUUCUCUUAAUGCACAUCCAUCUCAGUCAUCGCAAUUUUCUUGAAUAAGUUCUGUUGAGGACGUACAUAGCUGUACGUAUAAUGCAGACCCAUUUCUUGGGCCAUCUCUUUUAUUUAGUCAAUUAAGUGAAUAGGUAGCUAUCCUUAAUAAAGUUGUAACUUGAAAAUGUUUUUUUUGAAUAUUACAACUUUACAGCAAUUCAAGUAUAAAGAGACAUAUUCUCAUUGUUCGCAACUGUUAAGAAUCGGCGAGUGAAUACCCCAUAUAAUUAUGCAUCUUCUAGGACUCACAAAACCCAGC